GGCACCAGCGCCACUGAGGUGGGAGUACUCGUCGAGCCUAAGCCUGUAGACCCUGUUGGAAGACUGGUACUUUGGGUACAUGGUGACGAACUCGGCGAAAGCCUCCUCAAGGGCUGGGAUGGAGUCGGAGGAGAGAAAGGUGCGGUCGGCGGCAAGGGCGGUGGCGCGGAGAAACUCUUGCUGGGCUCGGAGGCAGGCCAGCGACUUGGAACUGCUGAUGGAGCCCUGAGAUUGCCGAAGUCAUCGGCGUCUAUCUCCUCUGAGGUUUCAUCCAGUGCCUCCCGGAGCUGCUAUCCUUUCCUUUCUGAAACACUGAAUCCCAAGAGGAUCAAACAAGAUGUCAACUUUUGGAAGACUUACCUCGAUCGCCGGCGACGGAGAGGGAGAUGAGCACAGAAGGAAACAACAACAACAACAAAAAAAAAAACUCCUUUCUCACUUCCAUUGAGGUUGAAUCAAAUCCGCAAAGCUCAAAUGGAGGAAAUCAAGCAAAUGAACAGAGAUCCAUCAGAAGAUGGACCGAAAUGAAAGCGCGGAAGCAGAAAGCAGAUCAAAAGGGGGAUCGUUCAUCUUGCAAGAACCUCAAACGCGUAGCUAAACUAUGCAAAACUCCACUCGAACUAUAGCAUUGUUACUCCUGUUAUUGUUUUCAUGGCAGGACAAUGCAAGGCCGGAUCACAGUUCCCUACAAUUAUGGUCCCGUGGCAGGGAGGUCAAGAACAGCUACUGUGUCCCAUCUCGUAGGCACCAUGGUACGACUUGUUGAUUGUUGAAGCAGCAGCGAGCCACCAUCUCCUCCUUCUCCUCCUCCCUCCAUCUCCAUGACCAAUCUGUCUGAAUCAAACAGUAAACACACGGCGAGUAUAUACGACGAGCACAUAGGCACUUGGCAUCUCGAUCUCAACUCGCUUGAUCACCAUCUCCUUUCCCAGAACCCUCAGUUAUUUUCCGCCCUCGGCGAGCACAUCCGCUGCUCCUCCCGAUUCCAUCCACUUCCUCGACUCGUCGCCUUGGGACGCACACAAAAAAGAUUCGAGUGGCAUAAUGUCGAGUCAGUGUUGCCUCACAAUUGCUGCAUGUCGAACAGUGACAGGCAUCCGCCCUGCAAUGGCCAUCAAGUCAGCAAAUUCCAAAUGCUACCGGCCAAAUCGCAGCAGCUGAAGCUAGCUAUCGGCCGACCGCGGUGGCGCCUACUCAAGACCUGUCGAAGAAUCCUGCACGCGGCCAACUUGCCAUGGCUUCAGCCAGCAGAUAUAUGCCCCUCUCCCGCUGUCGUCCUCUGAUGCGCAGGUCUGCUCUGCGCCCCAUGCAAUGCGAGCAUGCCAAUCGAUGGCGUGGAUUGGGCGGAAGCUCCACGGGAGCCGAAGACAGGCGCAGCUUCUCAUUGCCUUGCGCUCAUCUGGAAAAUUAAGCCCUGCAGCGUACGUACCUCCUCCGCCUCUUCUUUCUUCUUUCCAUGGCUCAGCUUUUGCUUCCGAGCCGUACAGACCGAGACAACGACGUCGAAUACGUUGGACUAUUUUUUUCCACCACGCAUCCCGAGACCACUCCCCCCUCUUCUUUAUUCUGCCUUGUAUAAAUCCUCCGGCUUUCUUUCUUGCUGCUUUGUUCGAUUUGAUCCUCCUUGCGUGUGGCUGAUUGAGCUACUUCAGCUGUUGAGGAGUGAAAGAAAGCUCGAGAGGGAGAAGAUUGAUCGAUUGAUUGUGAGUUUGGAAAAGGGAGUGGGAUGGGGAUGGAGACGGGCGAGUCGCGGCGGCGGCGGACGGCGCAGGGAGAUCCAGCGCCGGCCGCGGGAGGCGGAAGGGAGCGGUGCCCGCGGUGCGAGUCGCGGGACACCAAGUUUUGUUACUACAACAACUACAACAUGUCGCAGCCCCGGCACUUCUGCAAGUCGUGCCGCCGCUACUGGACGCUCGGCGGCACGCUGCGCAACGUCCCCAUAGGCGGCGCCACCCGCAAGCGCCUCCGUCCCACGCCGGCUUCAGAGUUCCGACCCCUCCCCCCGCCGCCUUCGCAGCAGCAGCCGCCCUCGGCAGACACAGUGGCAACCUCCGAUUUACCGGCCUGCCGCAGCAGCUCGCUGUUCCCCGGCGCCGCCGCUGGGCUUCUCGGGAUGGACGAGGCUUUCCUCCCCAGCCGGGGUAGGUUCGCGCUGGGUCUCGGGCUCGGGCUCGGGUGCGGCGCGGCCAGGGAGACGGCGGAGGAGAUGGGCUUUGGCAGCCUGGGCCACCAUGCAAUGCUGUGGUCCCACCCACUUCUCGACGAACCAGAAGACGCGUGGCGAGUGGGGAGCGCCGGCACCGGCGGGAACUUGGCGUGGCCGGACCUUGGUCGUGCCAUGUCCACUCCAGCCUGUCGAGGCGGCUUUCCGGCGAGGGAGUUCAACUAAUAGCUUGCCGAUCGACGGCAGUGGCAUUAAUUACUUUAAGGAAGCUUCCUAAUUUUGCUCUCGUAUCAGACGCCUCCUCUAAUUAUGUACUCCACCUGCUAAUUUCUCCUUUGCUUGAUGAAUCGGCUAUUAACGUGUAAACUCUGUGCCUUUUUACUAAA